CAGACCAGGCCUGUAACUACUCCCUGGGAACCUGCGUGUCAGCAGCCCGGAGCCCAGAGCCUGUCCUGGAGCCUGCACAAUCAAUCCUGGCUGAAGCGGAGGGACGAAGUGCAAUCCAUCCAGGGCGCAGCUGAGUUUUGAGAGGCAUUAAUGCCUUGGCGUCCACCAAGGGACCAGUGGGACUAAUUCUCUUGGCAAACUUGUGGCCAGCCAAAACUACCAUGCUUCACAUCCCGGUUGUGCUUGGUUAUCGCCCAAGAUUGGCUUCCACAAGAGAUGAAAUGUGGUCUGAGGGACGGUAUGACUAUGAACGACUUCCAAGAGAGCGAGUGCCUCCCCGGAGCCAUCCCAGUGAUGGCUACCAUAGAGUAGUUAAUGUUGUGCCAAAGAGACCGCCUCUGCUAGACAAGAGACCACCUCUGCUAGACAAGAGACCGCCUCUGCUAGCCAGACCUGAUGAAGGAGGCUACAGUAGAUAUUACAGUCAUGUUGAUUACCGAGAAUGUGACGAGGGCCGCAGUUUUUCUCAUGAUCGAAGAAGCGGCCCACCUCACAGAGGAGAUGAACCUGGUUACAGAUGGACAAAGGAUGAUCAUUCCACAAGCCGGCAGCCUGAAUACAGGGACAUGAGAGAUGGCUUUAGAAGAAAAAUCUACUCUUCCCAUUAUUCGAGAGAUCGGUCUCCCCAUAAAAGGGACGCUCCUUUUUUCAGAGAAUCGCCUGUAGGCCGGAAGGACUCCCCACACAGCAGAUCUGGCUCCAGCGUCAGCAGCAGAAGCUAUUCUCCAGAGCGGAGCAGGACACACUCCUUCCAUCAGUCCCAGCAUAGAAAGUCUGCGCGUGUUGGUGCUUCCUACAAACAACAGAAUGAAGCAAAUCCAGGAAGAGGUAAAGAGAGAUCUAUCCAGUCUUUGAAAACUUCAAGAGAUGCUUCACCCUCAAGUUCUUCAGCAGUUUCUUCAUCCAAGGUGUUAGACAAAUCCAGCAGGCUAACUGAGAAGGAACUUGCAGAAGCUGAAAGCAAGUGGGCUAAUGAAAAGCUAGAGAAGGCAGAUGAAAAUAACUUGGAUGAAAUUGCUGAGUUUGAGGUGGAAGCCACAGCACCCUUAUUUAUCGACCAGACAGAACCUGAAUCAAACACAACAGAUGGCACAGAAUUGUAUGAAGACAGCCAGCUGAACAGUCGCUCUAAAGCAAUUGCAUUAAAAACCAAAGAGAUCGAGCAGGUUUACCGACAAGACUGUGAAACUUUCGGGAUGGUGGUGAAAAUGCUGAUUGAAAAAGAUCCUUCAUUAGAAAAAUCUAUACAGUUUGCAUUGAGGCAGAAUUUACAUGAAAUAGGUGAGCGGUGUGUUGAAGAACUCAAGCAUUUCAUUACGGAGUAUGAUAAUUCUACUCAAGAUUUUGGAGACCCUUUUUAAAAGAAUUAGCACCCAGGUCAAAACAAUGUUUUUAAAGCUUCUAGGUCUUUUUUUCCCUUGGAUUGUGUAAAACCUUACUAUUUUGUGAUGAAGAGAAAUACUUUAUGAUAGCUGACCACAUUUCUAGUAUUAAAUAAACAUCUACAAUGGCUGAUAAGGCAUCUUAAUCAGAAUGUUUUUCCUAUGUGUAGACUCUUCUACCAUCUUCAGCUCCUCCCUGCAAAAGAAAAUUAUGUUUUUUUUUUAAUAUUCGAAAGAAUAGUUCUGGAUCGCAGCUUUCAGUACGUACAUUCAGUAGUCUUCCAUAGCAUGUGAUCAUUUGGUCUCAGGAGUGUAAUUUGCAGUUAGAGAUCGUUCCAGGUUGCAUAUCAUAGUAGCACUGUUAGCAUUUUGAGUUGUGACUUCUACUUGCUGCUUACUUUUCUUCAGCCUUGUAACUUUUGGUGAUGUCAAAAUAUGUUGUCUUAAUGAAUUAGAACUUUACUUUUUGAUAUUUGCCUUGAGAACCAUUCUUAUCUAGUAGAGGGAAAAAAGCACUUGAAAAUCUGUAAAAGGCACAUUAGAACAAAAUCUUCUUCCCAAGUCAGUAGGCUUAGUGCAUCUCUUCUAUGAAGUGUUCCUGAGGCUCCUGACUGCUCUCUGAACACUAACAGGAGGGAGCUUCAGGUGAGAUUCCUCAGAAACCCUUUUGAUGGAUAUAAUACAAGAUUAGAAUAUACAAGAGCUCUGGAAUUUUUUUUAGGCCCACAGUUCCCCUCACCUCCUGAGUGAGCCAGUGAAUAAGAAAAGAGACAAUUAGGACUGCCCACUCAUUUUCUGUCCCCUCCAGCACUGCAUUGAGCCAAAAUAAAUAAUCUAUAGCAUGAGGUACCUUAAAAAUUGGGGUUAACCUCUGUAUAGAUCAGGCUGCCCCUAAACUCAAAGGAAACCCUCCUGCCCCUGCCUCUCACAUGCUGAGAUAAAACGCAUGUGCCACCAUGCUCAGUAUCCUUUUCAUUUUCAUUCAGUUCUUUUUACUUUUUUUUUUUAUUUGAGAUAGGGUCUUAAUGUUCAUUCUAGGCUGGCUUCAAACCUUCCUGCCCUGGCUUUUAGCUCUUGCUUUUCCUGCCUCAGCUUUCCUGAGUGCUAGAAUUAUAAGUGUGAGCCACCAUGCUUGCCAUUACUUUCAGUUGCCUCUUUGAUAUUGUCUACAGAGAAAGCCCUAAACUGCAUACAGAUUAUAGUGAAAGUACAAAUAGCUGUAUGAAUAAUUUUAAUGAGCCCUGCAAUGGAUGUGUUAAGAUAUGUAUUAUGCCAUUUUGGAAAUAAAAAAGACUAAUUAAGGACCUUUUCUUUAUAUAUGUUUCCUAAGUGAGAGCACUUGGUGUUAUUAUUUUGGCACUGAGAUACUAUACAUAUCUUUUGUAAGGAUAUUCCUCCUUAAUGCAAGCAGUGGUCAAACUACUGAUCACUUCAGAAAGACUGAAGAUACUGAUCCUAUUUUUUCUUUUUUCUUCCCACUAAUUUUUAGCUCUUUAAAUCAAGCUGUUAAUAUAUAUAUUAACUAUUAAUUUUUUUUCCGUGUAGUCUUGGCUGUCCUGGCCUUGCUUUGUAGACCAGGCUGGCCUUGAACCCACAGCGAUCCACCUGCCUCUGCCUCCCCAAGUCUGGAUUACAGGCAUGUGGCACCAUGCCAGGCUGCAAAUGAAUUUUUCAUUUCGUAGAAAUUCAUUAAAAAGAGAAUCUUACUAAUAGGUUUAUUUAAAUGUAGGACCAACCAAUAGUCUCCUUCCCUUAAGUUACAUUCAGCAUUUGAAGCUAUUUUUAGUUUGCCAUCAGCAUUAUUCUGCUAGGCUUGUCAGUGUUAAAUGUCUUGUUUUUGUUUUUUUAAAUGCCUUUUCAUGUCUAAUUUUAGUAUGUGUACUAGAAUGUGUAUUUUGUUAAAUGUUUUUGAUUAGGAAGAUUGUAAAUUAGCCAUUGUUUUUGAGUAUACCUAAUCUGUGUGAUAACAUUUUCAUUGUCUUACCAUAAGGCCUUGAUGAUCAACAUGGGGGAAGCAGAUACUGUAACAUUUUUUUGUGAAUUUUAAAUAUGCAAAAUAAAACAACUGAUACUAAGUAA